UUGUACGCCCUUGCAUAGAUGCUGUGUCACGGUUACCUGACGCCAGGUGUCCCUGGGUUCCAGGUAAAGGGGAGGGCAUGUAAGGCUGAGCACUGCAGGUGUGUCCUGGUGAGGGAGGACAACAGUUAUCAGAAAUUACACAAGUAGCAGAGGCGAGGAAGGUUUCAGUAUAAGCUGCCUAACCAGAGGUGGCUUGAUGAUGAAAGAAAACUCAGCAUUAGAGGAAGUAAUAACGCUGUGCAGGAUAGCUUGAUUCAGGGUUACGCCAUAGUCAACUUUCUGUGUGAAAAGACAAAAUGGAAACCCCUGAUGGGCCGUGGGCAUGGGGGGUACUAGUUGCUGCUAUGGUAACCCAUGCAUUGACUUUAGGGUUUCCUUCCUCCAUCGGAGUAUUUUAUACCGACCUGCAGACUUCCUUUCAGGCAUCCAACACAGAGACUUCCUGGUUUCCAUCAAUUGUCAUGGCUGUACUUCACGCUGGAGGUCCUUUAUGCAGCAUCAUGGUAGAAAGGUUUGGCUGCAGAGUAACGGUAAUGGUUGGUGGUAUUCUUUGUGGAGUUGGCUUAGUCUCCAGCUCCUUCUCUAAGAACAUAGUUCACCUGUACCUGAGUGCUGGACUUGUUGGAGGUUUAGGACUCUGUUUCAGCUUCCAAGCUGCAGUCACAGUGCUUGGCUAUUAUUUCAUCAAACGCCGGACUUUGGCCAAUUCUCUGGCCUCUACGGGGGCCUCCAUAGGCAUGGCUCUCUGGCCACUGGCAUCUCAACAUCUCUUGGAGGCAGUGGGAUGGAGAGGUUCUUUUAUGAUAUUUGGAGGAGUAUUGCUCAACUGUUGUGUAUGUGGUGCUUUGAUGAGACCAGUUAAAAUGCCACCAGCUGCUCCUGAUAAGAAUGUUUCUUCCUCAAAAGCCAAUGGGGCCAUUAGUGGUGCAGAGAUGGAAAAAGGUAAAGGCCUACAGAAAUACAUGGCUUUCGACCUACUGCUUGGACAUAGACGAUAUCAGAUUUACACAAUAGGUGUCACUUGGAUGGUUCUAGGCUUUGUCUUGCCACUUUUCUACUUGGUACCAUACGCUACCCACAGUGGGAUAGAAGAGUCAACAGCUGCACUGCUUCUCUCUCUAAUUGGCUUCAUCAAUAUCUUUGCACGUCCAGUGGCCGGAAUUGUGUCACAGCAGCGAGUAUUUUCUGGACGAUUAAUUUACCUAUUUAGUGGAGCAGUUAUGAUAAAUGGACUCAGCAACCUUGUAUGUGCAGUCUCUGCAUCCUUCCCCUCUCUUCUGGUUUAUUGUGCACUAUAUGGUGUCUCUAUGAGUGUAAUUGGAUCUCUAGUAUUCCAGGUAUUGAUGGAUACAGUGGGAAUGAAGAGAUUCCCUGGAGCCUUUGGACUUUUCACCAUCCUUGAAAGUGUUACUAUCUUGGUGGGACCACCAUUAGCAGGUUUGCUGGUAGACAUCACUGGUCAGUAUAAUUUGGUGUUCUACUUCAGCAGUAUUGCUGUGGCCUCAUCUGGACUCUUCAUGUGUUUAGCCUCCUAUAUAAUGGACAAAAAGGAAGAAAAGACUGGAAAAAACCUCCAAAACAAAGGGGAAGCAACAGACAGCAGUGAACGCCAAAAUAUUAUUUAUUGUCCAGCUAAACAGGAGGAUUUUGUAAUAUGAGUGACAAUGUUAUGAAGGAACAGAUGAUCCAACUAGGCUCUCACUGAUAAGCAUCAGUUCAGACAAUAUAAAGUCAUAACUUUGUGUGAAGAUCUGGAAUAGUAUUUCAGUGUCUUCGUAAAUACUAAGCACAAUGCCUCAGUACAUAGGAAUGAGGUAAGGUUUCUCUGAAAAAGUUCGUUUUCUCAGGGAGCUAACAUAUGACAACAUUGUCAAAGACAAUGACGUGCAAAUUCCUCUUUUUAUAAGUGAAGUUAUAAUUUGUGGAUGACCUUCACCAAGUGGCAGAGAUCUUCGUUUCUAUGUGCAAUCAUUUUAAAAAAUGAAGUCCAUGAAAUGAUUGUAGCUUGGGUUACAGAGAGGAUAUAAAGUAGAAAAAUUUAUAGAAAAUAAGUAUUGCUGCACGCACAAAGGUACAGCCAAGACAUGGGCCCAAAUGUAAUAGUCCUGUGAGAUGGGGCAACAGCAAGAGUUCAACACUAAAGCUGAUUUGUUUAAAAUCCCGGUUGGUUGUGCCUUAAAUGAAAUUGGUGCUAUACAUCUAGCAGCUAGCUCGCUGAAAUCUCGCUACUGCCCAUAUCUCAUAGGUUGUUACAUAUGGGCACUGGUAUUUUUGGAUGUUACAAGUUUUCCACUGUAAAAUAUACAGUACUUUCUAUGUUUGUUUGUCAAUUCAGUAAUGAUCUAGCAAUAGCAAGAGUUCUAGAGUUCUGAAGAUUGAGACUUUACAAAUAAAAAAAUAUAAAUAAAUUAAAAUCAACAAAAUAACAUUAAACAGUUAAAACAAUAAACAAUAAAAGUAGAACAUUAAACUCACUGCAAGAUCACCAUAAAACUAAAAAUACACUAAGGGGUUAAUUUAUUAGAGGGAGAUUUGCACUUAAAUCUGUACCUCUGUCAACAGCAAGUCUAUUUAAUAGAGAUCAUAACAGUACAUGCAUUGCUAACACCAUUUUAGGAUGUAAAUAGCAGGAAUUUGUUAGGGUUACGUUAGGUCACAUACACCUACCCCCAUGGUUUUUUUUGUUUUUUUAACCAGUGGAUUUCCCGGGUGAAAAAUAAAUUAUUUUUUAGACUUUAAUAAAACCUGUCAAAUACAACAGGUACAACUCUCUUAUACAAAAAAAAAAAAAAGCCAAAGCACGCACACAAAAACAUAAUAUAUAAACGAGCAAUGCAGAAAACCACCAAUCAGCCAAUCACAAGUGGUUUGAUAUUGUCAGAUAUUACCUUCAUCAUCAUCAGGAUGUAUAUGCACCAGCUUUCAAGCACCUGAAAUAAUACGCCUUGUACAGUAAAUGGUCUCUGUGCAGGUCUGCAGCUGUUCUCAAUUAUCCAAUAACAUCAUUACUGUACUUGGACUCUGGUAGUUGGCCUUUUUCCUCCCCAUGUUCUGCCUUUGCACGGGCAAGUAGGCCUUACUCAGAUACAUACAAAUCUGCAUGGGCAUAUAUAUGUUUGCUGGGCAUGUGGAGAGCAAUUUUAUGCUAUGCAGAUAAGCUAAAUGAUACACCUGCCACACAGAUUAUGAGUUGGAUGCAGUUGGAUGCAGCAGCGAUAUAGAAUGCUGUGGAGUGAUUUUCUCUUCUGCACAUACAUCUAAAUUGUAGUGUGAAUGCAUCUAGAAUCUAGAUAGCAUGCAUACAGCUUUAGAGUUACGAUGGAAUCGGAGUUGCGAUGAAAAUGUAUUAGGCAUUGCUGGGCAGUGACAGGGAUAUGACUUAGCGGACAUACAGAGAUGGUCCAUCUUGUGGGGGUAUUAUGGGGGUGCCAAAGGGGUGCUGCUGGAAGCAUUUGCUAACAGAGACACCCAGUCACUCACAUUGGAGGCCAUACUCAGGAGAAACUGCACCCUCCAUGGGGCUGGUGCAAGUUUCAUUGGAUUGACCAAUGGUGUGUCUAAAGAUGCAUCAAGCAGUAGGCAUCUGGGUCCUUGUACAUAUGUACGCAUGGACGUACACUAGAGAACAGCUUUGUAGAACCUUUUGCAUAAAGUUACAGAUGUAUGGUGACUUCCGGUUCCGGCGUUGCAUGGAGUGACACGCAGCUCGUGUAGCUCCGGUGCCUGCCGCCACUAACAGCCUCAUACCGCCCGUUCUGGGCGUCCAUUGAGCGGCUUGCCAUACCCGCUCACCCCCUGCAGCUCCGGCCACCCUGUAUGGACCGUUUCCUGGCCCCCGUGAUGCAGGGAAAGAACUCCCGCGCCAGGUCUGAGGUCCGCGGCUCAGCUUCUAAAAUGGCCGCCGCGGCCUCCAUGGACGCCGGAGCCCGCUCAGCGGCUGCUCCUGCAGCCCUUCCCCCUCCAGCUCUCCUGCCCUGGUGGGCUCUACGGCUGCGGGCCCACCACCCUUAGAUGUACCCGGGCACCCGUUAUCCUAUGCUGAUAUUGUCAGGGCGGUAAAAGAAACAGUCCAUCCUUUAUUCCAGGAACAAACACAGUUGCAUGCUGCUGCAUUACAGCAGGCUGUCCUGGAUAUCAAAAGCCAAUACAAACAGCUGUCUAAACGUGUCCUACAAGUGGAACAUACUGCUGGUGAGAAUUUCCAACAAAUCGCCGAACUUUCUGAUAUCUCUGCUAAACUGCAGAAAUCUGAAAAUCUGGUUUGGGCAAAGAUCGACGACAUAGAAAAUAGGUUGCGUCAUAAUAACCUUCGGCUUAUCAGACUUCCAGAGUCGGUUAAGGGACAGGCUCUUUAUCAUGUCCUCCGAUAUACUCUUCCUGAUCUUCUUGGAAUACCAGAUAUUUGCUCGGACCUAGUGGUGGAACGUGCACAUAGAACGGGCCCCACCCGCCCCUCCUCCAUUUCAACACGACCGCGUGCUGUAUUGUUCCGGUGUCUCAACUUUCUCCAUAAAGAAGAUCUUUGGUCGGCUUCUCGUCGUGUACGGGAUCUUGUUUGGGAAGAUGCCAAAUUGUUACUCUUCCAGGAUUUUUCUCCGGAGCUCACCAGACUACGCAAGGCAUUCUCACCUGUAUGCUCUAAAUUGGUCCAGGAGGGCCGAAAGUUCGCACUGCUCUACCCUGCGCGCCUGAGGAUCUUUGACGGCACAUCCUUUAAGGACUUUCAUACCCCGGAGGAUGCUGCUGCUUAUCUUUCAGAAGCCGGCACCUCUGACCCGUCGAUGAAAUAGCUGGGCUCUCCUGAAUCUGAUCUUGAACUCUCCUCUCCCCUUGUUGCUCUGUUGCCGCAUAUUUUUCUUUCCCUAACCUUGUGGACUAUGUGAUCAUCUGUUGGUUUAUUUGGACUUGCUCACCACACCCACGCUGGUCCUAUAGGUGAUGUAUAUGUACCUCUGGAGUAACAUAAGUGCAUUCUCUGUUAUACGCUCCCAGGUGUACAUGUUUGUUCUUGUGAAGUUAUAUGUCCAUGCUACCUGUUUUGGGUUCAACCUCCACCUGUUUGAUAUUAUCUGGGCCCUCACCUCCAUGCCCUCAUCUCCCCCCCCCCCCCCCCCCUCCCCUAUGCUGCUCGAUAUAGUGGUAUUGGCUAGGAGCAAUGUCCUCCUCGCUGUAUAGAGUUACUACCCCAGUGGACUUAACGUGAAGUCACAUUCUCAUUGUUAUUGCGGGACCCCCCGGUGGGUCUUGUUUCUUUUUCUCGUUUCUAUGUCUAUAUUGUCUUUUUGU